ACAACACGCUGGAGCCGGAGAGUCACUGAGCCACACUCACAGAGAGCUGAGAAACCCUGGAUUGGCCACGGGACGCAGCUGCAGUCACGCUGGCUGAGAAAGACUGAGGAGCUCCGCUGAUCCGCUGACCUGCAGGGAUGUCCAGAGCCUCCAGGUUGGCCCGGCCCCCCUCAGCAGGGGCCGGGUCCAAGCUGCCCUCCCCCAGGAAGGAAUGCCCCGGCACGGGCGCUGUGGCCGGCCGAGUCCGGGUGCUGAGCGUGGGGGAGAAGCUAAUGAGGGCCGGUAACGACGGUAUCCUGAACAGACAGAAGUCUUUAAUGGUCGCUGUGCCUCAGGACAGAGCUCACACUCAGGCCCCCAACCAGAGGCCAGGUGAGAAGGGCGAAAACAUGGAGAUGCUCCCUCCCAAGAGCAGGAUCAACCCACCCAAAGCCUCCGCUCAGCAGCAAGGCUCCGUCCACAAACAAAACAAGAGCAACCUGAAGGUAACCUCACCAGAGGAUGCCGAACACGUAGGCCGCCGACAGGCCUCCCCGAAUGGGACGUCGCCAUUGAGAGGAGACGCCAAAGGCAGUCGAACUGUCCCCCGGAGGCACACGUUAGGGGGAGCCCGCGGCCCCAGAGAGAUCCUCGCUAUGCAGCCGCCAGACAUGGACAAGAAGAGGGAGGCGUUCCUGGAGCAUCUGAAGCAGAAAUACCCCCAUCAUGCAUCAGCGAUCAUGGGCCACCAGGAGAGGCUGCGGGAGCAGAGCAGAAGCCCAAAGCACGGCCCCAGCCCCCAGUCCAGCGUCGGCGACCAGGUUGACCACCUCUCCUUGGCCUCCCUGGAGUCACUGGACGCCAUGUCUGAGGCCGACGCUCCCACAGCCUUCACCCGCGGCAGCCGAGUUCGCGCCAGCCUGCCCGUGGUGCGGUCGACGAACCAGACAAAGGACCGCUCGCUAGGUGUGCUGUACCUGCAGUACGGAGACGAGACCAAACAGUUCCGCAUGCCCAACGAGAUCACCAGCAUCGACACAGUCAGAGCUCUGUUCGUCAGUGCCUUCCCGCAGCAGCUCAACAUGAAGAUGCUGGAGUCGCCCAGCGUGGCGGUCUACGUCAAGGACGACAUGAGGAACAUGUACUACGAGCUCACCGAUGUCAGGAACAUCACGGACCACUCCUGCCUGAAGGUCUACCACAAAGACCCAGCACAGGCGUUCAGCCAUGGGCCGAGACCUGCCAACGGCGAUGCCAGGAUGCACAGUGAUGGACAACACCCUCUGAGACAACCCCCCAUGGGUCCCCCAGCCCACCAUCCACUGCAGGGAGUGCUCCCCCAGAGUCCCCACUCCAUGCCCUCAUCCCCCUCCAGAAUCCCGUUUGGCCCUCGGCCAGGCUCAUUACCCAGCAGCGCCACUAUCCCGAGGGAGCGACUGUCUAAUGCCAACCCACCGGCGCGCUCCAUCUCGCCCUGUCCCAGCGCUAUCCUGGAGAGACGGGACGUCAAACCUGAUGAGGACAUGGGGGGAAAGAGCCACAGUCUAUCCAGGGGAAAUGAGGGGUUGUAUGCAGAUCCAUACCUGCUCCAGGAGGGACGACUGAGCAUGGCUUCUGCCCACGGACCGCACCCCAACCCUGGGCUGGACAGUCCAGAUCAUGGAAUGGGGGGAUUCCACCGUGCCUCCAUUCGCUCCACCAGCUCUUACAGCGGGCCCAGCCCCACAGACAGUAUGGAUCACCCCUCUCUGUACAGGCAGAAGUCCAGAAACAGCCAGCUGCCUACACUGGGCUCCAAGACCCCUCCUCCAUCGCCUCACCGAAUGGCUGAGGUACGGCUGAUUGACAUCCACGGCGGGCCACCUCAUGGCAUUCCUCCUCAUGGGGUUCCCAUUGAGAGAAGCUCACCAGUGCGCCAGUCCUUCAGGAAGGAAGAAGUAGCAGGGACCAAGCCACGGAACAACAUGGGCUCACCUGUGGUUGCGGAGCUCCCGGGUCACCCCCAGGGGCCCGUUCCACCUGCUGGUGACCAUCAGACACGACAGCGAAUGAAGGCUAUGGAGCAACAGAUUGCCAGCUUGACUGGUCUUGUUCAGCAUGCACUUUUAAAGGGGCCAAACACUAGUGGCAACAAGGAGCCUCCAAGUGAGAGACCACCGAAGACAUCAUCUCCAGCCCACAGUGCACACAGCUCAGGUGGUUCCCCUGUCUUGGCUCCUAAAAGCAGUGCAGCUCCGUCAGACAAGCCCUCAGUUCCUCUCAAAGUCAACCUCCUGCAGUUCAGGAAGAAUGUCUCUGACCUCAGGGUGCAGCUUCAUCAGAUGAGACAGCUGCAGCUCCAGAACCAGGAGGCGCUGCGGGUUCAGCUGAAGCGUGCCGAGCAGGAAAUCAGUGCUAAACUGGCAGAGGCCAUGCGGCGCCUGGAGGACCCGGUCCAGAGGCAGAGAGCAUUGGUGGAGGAGGACAGGCACAAGUACCUGGGACUCGAGGAAUGUGUCCUCACACAACUUGGUGACCUGGAGCAGUAUGUGGGCUCUCUGAAGAAGGACUCAGGAGCGACACACAGGGGCGUGACCCUGAAGGACGUGGAGGAGGGAGCAGUGACUCUGAGGAAGGUGGGGGAAUCUCUGGCAGGGCUCAAAGGAGAGUUCCCGGCUCUACAGACCAGGAUGCGUGCUGUGCUCAGAGUGGAGGUGGAAGCCGUCAAGUUUUUGAAGGAGGAGCCUCACAAACUGGACAGCAUGCUGAAGAGAGUCAAGAGCCUGACGGACACACUCAGCGGUCUGAGGAGACACACCACUGAAGUUACCCAGAAGGGGCGGGAUCCUUCUGCUAAUAACCCGGUGGAUAACAGCCCUGCAGCUGCUGCGUCAGAGCCUCUCGCUGAAUCUCCCCCAGCACCAGCUCAGCCCAGCUCCACCUCUCCCCCACUGGAUCCCCAGAACUCCACCGUCAGAUCCGAGGUGAUGCCUUCCUCCCCGGUGGUCAUCCAUCAUGUCCAGAGCUCCCCGGUGCUCAUGCAGCAGUCCCAGCAGUCUGCAGCCCUGAUCGCUCAGCCCAGUCCCCCGCUCACCCCCAGCCCCACUCAGGUCCCUAGUCCCAAAGGCCAUGGUCGGGAAUCUCCCAAGGGGGCAUCCGUGGAUCCGCCAAGCCCUGUCCGUCAAAAGAAGACACACGGGAAUGCGGUGAAUAACGGCAACCAGGAUCUUGUCAUAGAGGAGCUGCAGAGCAGCAAGGGCAAGAGCAAAAGCAGAGCUAUGUCCAUAGAGGCAGCGGAGAAGGAGUGGGAAGAGAGGAGGCAGAACCUGGGUCAUUACAAUGGGAAAGAGUUUGAGAAGAUCCUGCAAGAGGCCCAGGCCAACAUGAUGAAGGGCAUCCCCAGCCUCGAGGUAGAUGAGAACACAGCACUGCCCCCUGCUGCCAGCGGGGAACAAGCCGACACCCACAGUCUUGUAGAGUCACCAACAGAGCUCCAGUUCGAGCCUGAUUCCGACAAACUGGUGAAAAAGGGACCUGAGAAACUGCCGAAGCCGGUGCUGGAGAAACCCUCCAAGACUGCCACCAAGCCGGCGCCUAUCGACACUGUCACCAAGCAAGGGUCUGAGAAGGCCAGCAAGUCCCCACCACCGCCUCCUCCGAGGAAGACCUACCCCGGCUCCAGCUCAGGCAUGACCACCACACGCUCUGGGGAGGUGGUCUACACCAGCAGGAAGGAGUCCGUCUCAGCUCAGGAGGGUGACGAGGAGGUCCCACCUCCCACUCCCCAGCCCAAGCCCACCAAGGUCCCACCAGAGACCAAGCCAAAGCCUCCUACCCCUCCCCCGGUUACGACGUCUGUUUCCAGAGAAGAGGAGGAUGAAGGAGACAAGAUCAUGGCAGAGCUCCAGGUUUUCCAGAAGUGCACAGUUAAGGAUGUAGGGGUGAAAAAUUUGGUAGAGCCCAGCACUCGAAUUGAACCGCAAAUCAGAGAGCUAAGACCGGGGGGCUUGUUGCCCCUCAAAGAGAAAAAGCAGAGCUCAGAGCCGAGUCGAGAGGAUAAAGAUCCAGACACGGAUGAAAACGGGAACACCCCCGUGCGACAGAAUCAAGGGGUCAUAUACUAUGUGACUGGCCAGAUUCCCAAAGAUCAUCCACCCCUGUCAGAAACGGAGGAGACCCCCGAGCAUCAAGAGCCCGCGCAGCCACCAACACAGGUGUCAAAUGUCAAUGUUAACGACAAUUCUCCAAGCCAGGAACAGCAGCAGCCAGAGUCUCCACCACCCAAAUCCCCUCUGCCUUUAACGCCGCCGCCGAUUUCACCUAAACCCGUGGGACUGAACAAAUUCAAACUGCCAAAGAAGCAAAUGAAACGUUCUGAAUCCUUGAAGACCAGAGAGGAAAUGGAGAAGGGAAAAUUUCUCAACAAAGUGAACUCUGAGAUGAAAAGUAAAAUCAUCCAGGAGCCUGUUUCUUCCAGUAAGAAUAUAAUCCCAGAGGUGACGGAAACGACAAUUAGUGCCGCUAGACAGAUACCUAAAGGUUCUGUUGCCCCAACGAAUAAGGCUCAGAGUGAGGACAGUGACCCACCAAAAGCUAUUUUUGAGGAUGAUGAUGAGGGCGCGGGUCUUAGUCCAGAUCUGCCUGGAGAAGAGGCCCCUCCACCUCCAGACAACAUAGCAUUUAUGAUCACCAACACCAAGGUUCAGGCUCUGUCUUGUGGCGAGUACCAGGAGCUGGUCAACGCCAAGAAGGGAAGCGUCCAGACAGUCACUGUAGGUGUUGCCUCAAACCGAGGGAACACCACGGCGGGUUCCGCGUCGCAGGAUAAUGGCUUCAACAAGAAGCCCGUCAUCAUCAUUUUCGAUGAGCCCAUGGACAUCCGCUCGGCUUACAAGCGUCUGUCCACCGUAUUUGAGUCUGAGGAAGAACUGGAGAUGAUGCUGUCAGAAGAGCGCAUCGAUGAGGAGAGCGAGGAGUCGGACACGGAGAGGGGUAGUGGACUGCAAGUAAAAGCUGAGGGGUCUAAAAUGGUUGAGGACAAAAAGGUCAGAUCUUCACAGGGCACCGCCGACCACAACAGCUUAUCGUCCUCUUCCUCGUCUUCUUUUUCCGAACUGACGGACAGUGGAAUAAACGAAGACGCCAAGCAGGAUGGUAAGAAGAAGUUCAAGUUUAAGUUCCCCAAGAAGCAGCUGGCGGCGCUGACCCAAGCGAUUCGCACCGGCACCAAGACGGGCAAGAAGACUCUCCAGGUGGUUGUAUACGAAGAUGAGGAGGAAUGUGACGGUACCAUCAGGCAGCACAAAGAAGCAAAGAGAUUUGAGAUUUCGCGUUCAAAAUCCUUAGCAGACGGCGCCAAGGUCACGAAUUCGGCCACGCAGCAGAGGAGGCAGAACUCUGACUCCCAUGGCAGGACAAACGAGAUCCGGAAGAACACCUACAAGACCCUGGACAGCCUGGAGCAGACCAUCAAGCAGCUGGAGACCACGAUCAGUGAGAUGGGCCCACGUUCCCCCGAGGAGCCUGUCCCUCAGGAGGAGGCUAAAGCAGGGAAUGGGAAAAGCUCAGAUGGAGGGGGGCUAAAGAGGUCGUCCUCUCUCCCUACCUCCAGAGGGUCAGGCCCUAAGGUACCCAGCAAAAAAUCACUGCAGCAGAAGACUAAACCGCAGCUGCUUCCUCGCCCUGUAGUCAUCCCUACUACCACCGCUACCACUGCUUCCACCGCCACUGUCCCCAGUGCCCCCAGCGCCGUGCAACAGAACGCCAGUGUCGCUUCCCCCACUAGUCGGAUGCCCGUCCCUUUGUCUGCGAAGUCCAGGCAGUCGCCGAGUACUACUGACAAAGCAGGAAAACAGCAAAAACUACAGGACGCUCAGAGGCAGUUCCGACAGGCUAACGGAAGUGCUAAAAGAGUGGGAGGGGAUCAUAAAACUACUUCCCCUACUAUACCCAUCUCUAAAAUCCCUGCUUUUUAUCCUAGCUCUACUAAAGGCAGUUCCCAGUCUGCACCAAACUCAGAUGCUACUAAUCCCGUUAACCCUUCCUCCUCCUCCUCCUCCUCCUCUUCCUCAAAGUCCUCCAUCCUGUCCUCUCACGCUCCUCGUUCCAGUACCCUGCCCUCCUCCCACAUCCCCUCCCUGUCUAACGGAUCCCUCAAACUCCCCGCACCCUCACAGCACACAGGUAAAGCUCUCUCGUUCUCCUCGCAGACCCCGAAUGGUCGAGUGCACUCCUCCUCCUCCUCUUCAUUCUCCUCCUCAUCCUCCUCCUCCCCCUCCCCUCUGUCGCCCACACCUUUGGGCCCAGGUGGAAAGAGCAUCCGCACCAUACACACCCCCAGCUUCACCAGCUACAGGUCCCACAACGGCAGCAGCGGCAAAUCCUGCAUCCCAACAACCACAUCAGCUAAGGACACUACUUAGCCCCACUAUCGCCCCCCUGUGGUUUUACUGCGCAGCAGGUAGAUGUGGUCAUGUUUUAUUGUAUUUAGUUUGGUUCGUUCUUUUUUUUUUUUCUAUUUUUUGUUUUUGUAAAAGUAUUAAGUCAUGCACUCCCCCGAUUCUUGUAUUAUUUGACACUGGCAUUCUCACAUCGAUACUUUUAACCUCUUUGGAGUUACUUGGAUUGUACUUACCUGGAUUUUGAUUCUUUCUUGAAGGUGUUCCAGAUGCUCUCACAAAUGAUUUUACAAAGAAACCUUAAAAAAAAAAGUUUUCCCACUUUGUAGUGGAAGUGGAAGGCUUUCGUGGUGUUGAAAAUCUAUUUUUCUUGCUGUAGCUAUGAAUAGGGAAUAUACAGUUGAUGUACAAUCACAAAGUACAGUGUAAAAAAUUGUUUUAUUUUUCAAACCAGAGAUUGAAUAAUCAUAGUAUAUUUAAUCUUCUAUAUUUCCUGUGUUGCCAGACAUUCAGCAGUCUUGUAAAUGCCUUUUAUGAACGUAUACAUUCAUGUAUACAGACAUUUUAAAGUCAAUCUCACUAUGAACUGAGACUAUUUUCUUAUUUUCUCUGCCAAUUUCUUUUACAGAUAUAUAUACACACACAACUGGUAUCAUGAGUAAUACAAGUUUUCAUUUUAGCGUGCCUCUUUGCCAAAGUUGUCAUACAAUGACUCACUUCAGGCCUAAUCCAGUCACAUGAUUUAGGGGAAUUUACAUGCACUCUUCUUGGUUGAAGUGUUGACCUGCUGGUCUUGGUUUGUUAAGUUAACAUGUAUUGUUGUCUAAAUGUAAACUGUACUAAAAACAAAGAAAUGAAUCAGUUGUCCCAUGUGUACAUAGACGCUUCUACUAAGAAAAUAAGUAGUUUUGUUAACAUACCAAAGUUUAUUUGUAUGCAUGCCUUUCAGAAACUUUAGGAGAGUGGUGUAAAAGAAGAAUUAUGUUUGCACAGAUAGAUUUUUGUAAAUAUUUGGUUUUCUCCUCCUUUUUGUAAAGCUUUAAAUCAUACUAUAAAAGAGCAAUGUGGUAAAGAUGUGUUGCAGUAGCAAAAAUAAAGAAUUGCAUGCUUGUAA